AUGAACCAGAAAAAGCCUCGGAGGCUAGUUAUUGACAUACAAUUUUACGAGCAGCCUGAGAUAGCUUCUAAGUUGGAACCAAUCCGCGAGAAAUUGAGUCGUGAGAUUUUUCAAAGACACGCAGAAUUAUCAAAUGUAACUUCGAAAGAGCUUGCGCUGUUUCUUGGUCAUUUUCAAAAGGUUCAGGAAGAGGCUCUAGGUCGCUUUGCAAAUCGAACUGAUUCCCCUCCCCCAAAGAUCCCGGCAAAACUCUUCAAGCUUGACCCAGCGCCCGCAAUCGGUUCUGCCAUUUAUCACAUUAUUCGUACUGCUUACAGUUUCAGAGGUUCGAAAAAGUGGAGGCGGUGGGAUUGGGAGAAUAUGAGUCGAAAGGACUUGCUCGAAAUGGUAACACAAAUCAGAAAUGCGUUAGAAGCCAAGGGGCUAGUCAAGAAACACAUAAUAAUCAUUAGAAGUAGAUCCGACGAUACAAUAAAAAGACAACAAAUGAUCUCACUUGUUAAUGGUUUGGGAGGGCAAAUGACUCAGGAUGCCACGAAAGCAACUCAUAUUGUACAAGUGACAAACGAGAUGGAUGAUGCAGACGAAGAAUGGUAUAGAACUUUGGAAAAGAAAAAUGGAAAAGUUUUCUUGCACUGGUGGUAUUACCCAGAUUCGUACGACGCUUGGGUAGAUGAUGUUGAACAUGCGGAACCUGAACCAAUUCCCAACCAUAUUGGUCCUUGGAAUGUUACCGAUCGUUGGCUUAGGGACAGUGCCAAGUUCAACGAAUGGAUGAACGAGGAAGACUAUGAAAUUACGGAUAAUCCGGAUAACAGAAGGACGUCCGCAGAGGAUCAGUCGGUGGUUUCGGAAACCGAUGCUUCUCUGUCCCAUAAACGAAGUUUAGACGCAUUGGAUUCGCAUACAAAUAUGGAUGUUGAUGCACGUCCUAACAUAGGCGCCAAACGUGCAAGGCUAAAAUCGCCAGACUUUGAUCACAAACCAGUGCAUCCAAACCUGAGCAUCGUGGAUAUAGAGCAGGAAUCAUUGAAUGUAGGAGGAACUCGUGCAAAGAAAAAUGAACUUGAUCCGGUAGCCGGUGGUGAAAUUGCAAAUAUCUCUCAAUUGAUUCCGCCUGAAAUUGUUCACAACGAGGAAGAGGAUUCUGAUGUAAACCCUGCUCUCGAAGACGAUUCUGGAGCCAUAGACGAUAACGUGGAUGUGGAUUCCAUGACAUCAGAUAUGAAGGAAAUUCGAAUACCUGCUGAUAACAAUAGUAAGGCCGUUUAUAUGGACCUCGACGCGAACGAGCAAGAACAAAAUAGGACAACUGGUGGUCACAGCUCAUCUACUAACCGCGCGGACACGUCCGCCGUCACGCCUAAAAAGACUGAAGAUGAUGAGCACAUGUUGACUUCCGAUGAUAUCAGACAUUCAGAGGACGGCGCUAACGAACCUUUGGCUGAGUCCGCUAAUACUCAAGAAAUGCUCGGGACUAACGAUGAGGAAGAAAAGAAACGACUCGAAGAAGACGCUCGAAAGUACUUAUCACAGCAAACGCAGGAAAUCAUCAUUCCUUCAUAUGCUGCCUGGUUCAACAUUGCUAAAAUUCAUCCCAUUGAACAAAAAUCUCUCCCCGAAUUCUUCAACAACAAAAACAAGUCAAAAAAUCCAACCACUUACAAGGAAUAUCGAGAUUUCAUGAUAAACACGUACCGUCUUAAUCCCGGAGAGUACCUAACGGUCACAGCAUGUCGCCGAAAUCUGGCGGGCGACGUGUGCGCUAUCAUACGUAUACACGCUUUCUUGGAACAAUGGGGCUUAAUAAACUAUCAAAUUGAUCCGGAAACUCGCCCUUCGUUGAUUGGACCACCGUUCACCGGACAUUUUCGUGUCAUGGCCGAUACACCGAGGGGGCUUCAACCUUUUCAACCGAAUGGGCCUUCGAUGGUCAUCUCAAAACCAGAUAAAUUGGCGAGCAUCCGUCAAAGCGUCUACCAGUCUGCAGGUACACCCGGCUCACAAGACGAAAACGGGAGUAUGGUCGCGGAUUCUGGUUCAGCAGAUCAUAAACAAUAUCACUGUUUCACUUGUGGAGUGGAUUGCACUCGGGUUCGUUAUCACAGUCUGAAAACUCAAAACUUUGAAUUGUGCCCAAAUUGUUAUUUGGAGGGACGUUAUCCUACGACGAUGUAUAGCGGGGAUUUCUUGAAGAUGGAUGACACACCAUUAAAGCAUUCCCAAGACGAAGAUUGGACAGAACAAGAGCUUCUGUUACUUUUUGAGGGUAUAGAACUAUUCGAGGAUGAUUGGAACAAGAUUUCUGAUCACGUUGGAACCCGCACCCGAGAACAAUGUAUUUUGCAAUUUUUGGAAUUUCCGAUCGAGGAUCCACUUAAUGGCAGUCGGAUGUCCGACUUGGGUCCAUUGCAAUAUCAACGGAUACCUUUUAGUCAAGCGGAUAAUCCUGUGAUGUCGGUCGUUGCAUUCUUGGCCUCGGUCGUUAACCCUGGUGUUGCUGCUGCCGCUGCGAAAUCGGCGUUGAAACAACUAGAGGAAACCAAGAAAUCUACUCACAAAGAUGUUAAAGAUACAAACGGAGUAAAUUCUGGUGAAAACGCAGAGACAGCCGUGAGCACCCCGAUGGCUGACGUGAAACACGAAGACGAGAUGGAUGUCGAAUCGGCGAUCGAAACAAAGCAAGAAUUACCAGAGUCAUCAUUGACAUCCGAUUCGGUAGUUACUCGAUCUAGAUUAUUGGAAAGGGCUGGUGCUACGGCAAUGGGUUCCGCGGCAGCAAAGGCAAAAGUUCUUGCGGAUUACGAAGAACGAGAAAUUCAACGCCUCGUAAAUGCCGUUAUUGAAAACCAAUUGAAAAAACUUGAACUUAAGCUGCAACAAUUUGAGGAGUUGGAGAGUGCACUCGAAAACGAAAAGAAAGAAUUAGAAAAGCAACGUCAAUUGUUGUACAUUGAACGGUUAAAUUUUAAAAAGAGUAAUUUUUUGAUGCAGGAUCAACUGAAAAAUUUUCAGGCCGGAAGCAGUUCUAAACCUUUGUCAAGUGGGCAAACUUACACCACCCCCGUUAACACCCGAAUCAUUCCAAGCACCGAAUAUCAUCAACAGCAGCAAAGACAAUCCGUGGGUCCAUUGAGCCAAGACGAGGCAGUCUUGAUGAACAUUUAA